AAGCCCAACUAGUCCAUUGCAGCCGGUCAACGUUCGAUGAGCCUCGCCGAUGUGCACACUUCUAUUCAGUCCUUCUUUGCUUUAAGUACUGCAAUCACAACCGGGUGUCGUCGAUCAGAACAUGUUCUGGAGCACGUAUUGGAUGCUAGUGGCGUUAACGGUAAAUGCCCAAGCAGCUACGUUUAGAGUAACCUCACAAGUGUUCAUGGAUGUUUCCAUCGACGGAAAGGAACGCGGGCGUAUGAUUAUCGGACUGUUUGGUGAGGAAGCUCCUAGAACGGUGGCGAAUUUUAGAGAGAUUUGCAUCAAUGGCAUCGAUGGAAUUUCGUACAAAGGAAGCCGUUUUCAUCGAGUUAUCCAGAAGUUCAUAAUUCAAGGUGGAGACAUUGUCUCCGGCGAUGGUCACGGUUCUAUCAGCAUUUACGGCAAGUAUUUCGAUGACGAAAAUCUCAACAUCAAUCACACCGGCUCGGGGUUCGUCGCAAUGGCCAACCGGGGUCCGAACACCAACGGGUGUCAAUUUUACAUCACAACCCUGCCGGCUCCGUGGCUCAACGGAAAGCACACCAUCUUCGGAAAGGUGCUGGACGGUCAAGGAAUAGUGCACAAGAUCGAACAGCAGAAAACAGACACGGACGACUACCCGCUGCCGACGAUCAUCAUCGAUGACUGUGGCGAUGAACCGAUGGGGGAUUCGUUUACCAUCUCUGAUGAUCCGUACGAUCUCUGGGCAUGGAUUAAGGCGUCAUAUCUUCCCUUGGGAAUGAGCUUCUCGAUUCUCGCAUUUUUUCAGUAUAUAAUUCGGAAAUUGGAUGUUUACACUUAGAUCAUGUCCCCCAUCAGGCGAAUUUGUAAUAAAAGAAUAAUAAAAUAGAACUUGUUUAAUUAUAA